AUGGCCUCCCGAAAGACGCAGCAAGAAAUCGACAAGACCUUCAAAAAGGUCGACGAAGGGAUCCAGUCCUUCGAAGCCAUCUACGAGAAGAUCUACUCCUCCCAGAAUGCAGCACAAAAGGACAAGCUGGAAGACAAUCUCAAGAAAGAGAUCAAAAAGUUGCAGAGAUCGCGUGAUCAGAUCAAAACCUGGGCGGGGGGAAACGAGAUCAAAGAUAAGUCUGCGUUGUUGGAACAGAGAAAGCGGAUUGAAAAAUGUAUGGAGAUAUUCAAGGCCGUGGAGAAGGAGAUGAAGACCAAGGCAUUCUCCAAAGAGGGAUUAUCGCAGAACGCCAAACUCGAUCCCAAAGAGAAGGAACGGGAAGAACUGUGCGACUUCUUAUCGGAGCAGCUGGAUGAGAUCAACAGAAUCCUGACCGAAGAGUUGGAACCAGAAGCAGGCAACAUCCAAGCGGCCCUCAAGAAAAAGCAGAAGGACAAUACCAAGGCCGAUCGACUAGCCGAGAUUGAAGCCAUAACCGAGACGUACAAGUGGCACGAGUCGAGAUUGCAACUUCUUCUUCGAUCGCUACAGAAUGGUAAUGUGGAAAAUGACAUGGUCACGGCAAUCAAGUCCGAAAUUGAAGAGAUAGUCAAAGAAGGUCGCGAACCUGAUUUCGACGCCGAGGCUUAUGAGGGAAUAUACGACGAGUGCAAUUUGGACAGUGAGGAGGCUCAGUUUGGACUGAAUAACGAUGUGGAUCGAAUAUCGUCUCAAGACGCGCAGUCCGUUCAAGAAGAUAAUGAACCCGAUCCGAGCACACUCAAAAAGACCAAAUCAGACCUCACGGCCACGAGACGACCAUCGACACAACUGAAAUCCCCGCUACCGGCUCUGGCGACACUAAAUACGAUGCCUCCCCCGCCGUCCAUACCCAAGGACACCACAAUGAAACCCGCGCCACUACCGAAUCGACCACCAGGAGAAACUCUGAAGUAUGCCUCGGCCGCCGCCGCCGCCGCCGCCAGCGACAAGAGUGGAGUGGGUAUUGCUCCUCUACCUCCUCCUGUUGGGACUGGCGCCGCAGCCGCAUGCCAUCCAUUGCCAGCCCCGGUCAAGACAUCCGCAACGACGUCCCCGGCUUCUGUGCCCGCACAACCGGUUGAGAAGACCGCGUCGCCAGCACCUGCGGCGGCGAGCAUGGAUGGUUCCGCGUCGCAUGAGCAAUCCAAUCAUUCCAAAUCGCCUACGCUAAGUUCCACUAGCGCUCCUGCGGCGAGUGUACCUAGUAGUAUUCCUCCGACGCCAGCGAUGGAAAAAUCAGAGGCAGUCCAAGAGCCGGUGAUCGCCGACGAAUUACCGACCACGAAUGGAGAUGCACGUCAAGACCCCAGUACGGUGGAGUCGAUAUACCAUCUGCCUCCAGAGUUGCAAGAUCUGUUGGAUUCGUUCGAGACCACGAAGAGUCGGGCUGCUCAGCCGCCUUCCCAACUGGCGAGACUCCUCCAAGCGUCUCAGGAGACCUGCCCAGAGCCCUCGGAUAGUGAUCGACCCCAGCACUACCGCCCAACAUUCAAAUACAACACCCCGGCACAUUAUCCUCAGGAUGUGCUACCCAUAUUUGACGAUCCCGCCCUGUACGAUAAUCAAAGACUGGAAACGGACACCUUGUUCUACAUUUUUUACUACCGACAGAACACAUAUCAACAGUGGUUGGCAGCACGGGCUCUCAAGCAUCAGAGCUGGCGGUUUCACAAGCAAUACCAAACGUGGUUCCAACGUCACGAGGAGCCGAAGCAGAUCACGGAGGAAUAUGAACAAGGCACAUAUCGUUUUUUCGACUACGAGAGUACAUGGAUGAAUCGGCGGAAGGCUGACUUCAAAUUUGUGUACAAGUUCCUCGAGGACGAUCUGUAG